GAUGCUGAGACCUUGAGAAAGAAGUAUCAGCCCCUGAACCCUGACCUUGGGGUCAGUCACACCUUCUUACCUCAGAAGUCUGCUCCCAAAGCAGAGGCUGAGGCUGCAGCCCAAGCUGUGAGUGGGCAGAGCCAGGAUCACACUGGCUGGGCAGGAUGAAGUGUGUUAAUAAUCCUCACAGGUGCUGACAGCACAAGGCAGGAUGUUCUCAACAGCUGUUAAAUGAAUCCUGCUGUUCCAUUGGGAUCUCCUAAAAACUAGAGAUGUGUCCCCAUGGCAAAACAGCCCUCAAUAUCACAGGACUGAGAGCCAGGAGGCAUCUUAGAGAUGGCCGAGUUGAAAACUCUCAUCAAAGAGGUGGGUAUGGUAGGUUCAAAAUGCUUUUUCCUACCACUAGCUUUCAUCUGUAGAGAAUAGGGGGGCCCCAGCCAUGAAAAAUAUGUGAGUUGAAACCUAAAUUUUCCUGUAACAUUUUGUUCAUUGCUGCUGCCUGAGCGUUUGGCGUUGAGCAUGUGCACUGCAGUUUAUUCUACAGCCCAGAAAUGCAGCUUGUUAGCCUUCCAGCUCAUCCUUACCUGAGGCUGGGGUCAGACCCCUGAGGUAGGCGAGAAGAUGUUGGAGGGACUUAGCCCUUCCUGCCUCUCUCCUCCCCAUCCUCUGGUACAAAACAAAGCUAGGAUCCCAAAAAAGCAAAGGGCCUUAUGAUGCUAUUUUAGCAGUUCCAGCUGGCUACAAACUAGCCUCUGUCUUUAUGGGGGAAUCCAUAUUAGAUAUAUUCGUUUGAAUCUUUCUGGAUCUUUUAUAAAACUGCUAUUGAAUGUGUUGCCAGAAUCUUACAUUUUCCUUCAUAUAAGAUCUGAUGUUAAAUUUUUUUUAGAAUUUGGAUUUGGAAAGGUUCAGUGAACGUCUGUGCUUCUCUUCAUGAGGUGAUAAAAGCAGCAGAGCCUACCUGGUUUCCUUCUUUGCCAAGACUCCCAGGAAGCUCAAAAUUAAAAUUUGUCCUCAUUUCUACUUAUGAACUCACAUGAGUUUCUGCUCCUGUAUGACAGCCCCAAGGCCCGGCAGGAGGUGGACCAUCACUGGCAGGCCUCAGGCGGCCCCCACAUCGUGCGUAUUCUGGACGUGUACGAGAACAUGCAUCACAACAAGCGCUGUCUGCUCAUUGUCAUGGAAUGCAUGGAAGGUGGUGAGUUGUUCAGCAGGAUUCAGGAGCGUGGUGACCAGGCUUUCACUGAGAGAGAGGCUGCAGAGAUCAUGCGGGAUAUCGGCACUGCCAUCCAGUUCCUGCACAGCCAGAAUAUUGCCCACCGGGAUGUCAAGCCUGAAAACCUGCUCUAUACAUCCAAGGAGAAAGAUGCAGUGCUCAAGCUCACCGACUUCGGCUUUGCCAAGGAAACCACCCAGAAUGCCCUGCAGACGCCCUGCUAUACUCCCUAUUAUGUGGCCCCUGAGGUUCUGGGUCCAGAGAAGUAUGACAAGUCGUGUGACAUGUGGUCCCUGGGUGUCAUCAUGUACAUUCUCCUGUGCGGCUUCCCACCCUUCUACUCCAACACGGGCCAGGCCAUCUCCCCAGGAAUGAAGAGGAGGAUCCGCCUGGGUCAGUACGGCUUUCCCAACCCUGAGUGGUCAGAGGUCUCUGAGGAUGCCAAGCAACUGAUCCGCCUUCUGCUGAAGACAGACCCCACAGAGAGGCUGACCAUCACACAGUUCAUGAACCAUCCUUGGAUCAACCAAUCGAUGGUGGUGCCGCAGACCCCACUGCACACAGCCCGAGUGCUGCAGGAGGACAAAGACCACUGGGAUGAAGUCAAGGAGGAGAUGACCAGUGCCCUGGCCACCAUGCGGGUGGACUAUGACCAGGUGAAGAUCAAAGACCUGAAGACUUCUAACAAUCGGCUUCUCAACAAGCGGAGGAAAAAACAGGCAGGCAGUUCCUCAGCUUCACAGGGCUGCAACAACCAGUAGCUCAUGGGGUCAUGGAAAAGCCAGGCCUCUCAGCCUGGGGGAUAGACUGGACUAUGCUGAGGCCCUGGCCAUGAGGCCCAGGGUUAUUUUUUUAACAAAAGGAUUAUUUUGUUGUGUUUUAAUUUUUCACUUGAAGUUUCAGGAUUGGGGCCCUGACCCAAACUUCCAUCAGUGCUCUAGUCCUAGCAUAGGCCCUAGGGAAGAGCUAGAGCCUAAGUCUGGAGAGCCACCUGCUACAUUUGCAAUGCCUUUGGCCAGGGUGACCUCAGUGGCACCUUGGCUCUUUCCUACCCUGGGGCAUGACCUCAGCCUUCUAGGCCACUAGGAGUUGUGGCUAGGCCUCCCUUAUUCAAUGGAGCACCCUUGAGGGGUGGGCAGACUGGCCUGGCCUUGGGAAAGACAUUGGCCGUUGGUUGCCGUAGUAAUGGGGGAUAGUGUUGCAGUCUGUGAAUGCUGAGUGAGUGAAGGAGGGAGGGAGACGGGGUAAUAUCGAAGGUUCGCCCCUGCCUUUUCAGGAGGCUGAUCUCUUUCACACUGGAUUGCUCCUCUUAGGCUCGCCCCUCUUUGGCCUCCCUGGGUAGUCCAGCCCUGCCUUGCUGCACUCCCCUCCCAGAUGGCCCUCAGAGGUCUCCUCACAUGGAGUCCCUGGGCCCGGCUAUCCUGUCACUCCCCCUGCCUAAAGGGUGGUGUCUCAGCUGAGAAGGGGGGUGCUUUUAACCCUUUUCCACUUUGGAAAAUACCACUGUGACAGAAGCCAGUACAGUUCCUCUGUCCCCACCUGCUUACCGGAUCCCAGGUAGGCAAGCCUCUCUUGGCACCUCCAUGUGAGGGCUCAUUCUCCGCCCUGUCCUGGGAGAUGGCAGGGGCUGCCUCUUGGUUCAUUUUUGUGGGUGUUCUCAUGACUGUGGGUCCCUAGGGGCAGAGGCAAGAGGCUCCCCUUUAAUUAGAGGUCCCUUUCUACACUCCGGGUCAGACCUAAGGUGGUGGAAGGCUACUGAGCGAUGUUCAGAAGGUCUGGCCCUGGCUUCAGCCUUAGUCAGGGCAGAGGCACCUUUCCUCUGGGUCCCCAACUACCUAGCCCCAGCCUUUCCAAAGCAGCCUCAGAGCACGAAGUGCCUGAUAGGGGCCUGACAAGUGCCUGACACCCAGCCUGCUUCCUGGCUGCUCUCUCAGUGGCUGGGAAACUCCAGACCACGUCAGAUAGGACAACACUGCUGGGUUUCAUAUCUGGAUAUUAAUAAACACCAUUUUGGCAUUUC